AUGAGCCUCGCACUGAACAAGUACCUCGACGUUGUAGACGACGACAAGGCGAGAGACACUGUCCUUGAGGCUGACCUGUCGGACGAGGACGCGAGCGAGGUCUUUGCCGCCCUCGCCAAGGAGGAGGAAGGACACACGAUCAAGUACCGCGUUCUGUCAUGGCAGAAGGUCGCCCUCCUGCUCUUUGGCGAGUACGUCUGCCUGGCCAUGCUCGCCCUCUCGUGGUCAUUCAGUGUCCUGGGAUGGGGAGUGGCUCUGGCGGUCCACUUUGGCGCCGGGCUAAUCGCGUGGUACACAUCCUACGUCUUGUGGAAGUUCUGCAUGAAGCACCCGCACAUCCGUGACGUCUGCGAUGUCGCUGCACAGCUGUUCCCCUUUGCCCCGAGACUGGCGCGCGAGAUGGCCUCCAUCAUGUUCCUCCUCAAUGUCAUUCUCGGAGUUGGCUUCCAUGUCCUGACGGGUGCCAAAAUCUUCAACACUCUGAGCAACUCGUCCCAAUGCACAGUCGUCUUCCAGGCCAUCACAGCCAUAAUCGGCAUCGUCAUCUCACUCCCGCGCACCCUCAACCACGUUUCGUACAUGUCCAUCGUCUCCGUCUUCUUCAUGGCCGCCAGCGUCCUGGUCACCUUGGUCUGCUGUGGCAUCCAGGCUCACCCUGGGGCCGGCUAUGUCGGAGUGUACCCGGCCGCUGGCGACGUCAAGACCUUUGGAGGGUGGCCGUUUGGGGUCAACCCGGGAUUCAUCAACGGCUUCAACGCGGUACUCAACAUCGUGUUCCUCUGGGUGGGGCAAAUCGUGUACCCCAGUUUCAUUGCCGAGAUGAAGCGACCUGCCGACUUUCCCAAAGCGCUCGCAGCACUCACCGCCAUGGAAUUCAGCCUGUUCACCGCCAUCGCUGUUGUCGGAUACUACUAUCUGGGACAAUACGCCGAGGCCCCACUCAUGGGAUCGCUGCUGGACAUCAAGUGGCUCAAGGUGGCAUAUGGCUUUGCGAUAGUGCCCACUUUUGUAAUCGGCACAAUCUACUGCAACGUGGCCUGCAAGACACUCUUCCACCGCCUGCUCCCAGCCGACUCGCGACACAACCACAAACACACGGUUGUUGGGUGGAGUCUCUGGGUGGGUCUGCUGACGCUCAUCUGGGGGCUCGGGUUCGUACUCGCCGCCACCAUCCCCUCGAUGGGCGACUUCCUUUCGGCCAUGGCGGCGAUGUUUGACUCGUUCUUUGGAUAUAUCUACUGGGCGGUCGCAUACUGGUGGCUUUACCGCGGGAAACUGUUUUCGAGCGUUCCAAGGGCAUUGCAGACGGUCCUCAACCUGGCCAUCUUUGCGUUUGGGCUGUUCAUGCUCGGCCCUGGCUUGUACACUUCCAUCAGCGCCAUCGUGGCUGACUACUCGGGUGACGUCGCGAGACCAUUCUCGUGCACGACCAACUCUAUCAUUGCCUAA